AUGGCACUGCAAGCUGUCUACCAGCAGUUCCUCGCCUCCCCAAGCUCCUCGAGCCUGGCGGACGACGCUGCCAUCUACUACAUCACCACCACGACAACCGUCCGCGGUGCCACCGAAAUCAUCAAGCAUUUUGCCUCUCAGCGCCAGCAGAUCACCAAGAAAAAGGAGCUUCUGCUAAGUGCCGUCGAGUCUGACAGCAGCCUGGCUGUCGAGAUCGACACCACCAUCCUGUUUCUGACCGGCGGCUCCAUCUAUCUUCCCGGCCUGGACGACAACUUCCUGGCCGACCAUACCGUCCAUCUGCCCAUCGUCCAUUUCGUCUCCUUCAAUGCCGAUGGCAAGAUUGGCCAAGUUCGCCAGUGUUGGGACCAAGGCGCGCUGCUGAAGCAGAUCGACGUCAUUGGCAAGUCUGGCCGCAACUGGCCCAUUCGCGACAGCGCUGAACAGACCAAGCUGAUUGCCUCGGCUGUCAGCGGCGUGAAGAAUUCUGCUCCGCCAUCCAAGACACUGCCGAUUCACCCACGCGGAAAGCCGGCAAGCGCUACACGCGACCCGCACGCGUCGUUGGACUUGUUUGUCAGCAACGAAGAGCGUGCAAGCACCGUCGCUAGCGUCGUGUCGCCUUAUGGAGGCGUGCGUCCGCCCCAGCGCGACAUCACCGAGAUCAUAAGCGACAACCCCAACGAUACCGCCCUUCCGGUCGUGGUCUCGCCGUAUGCCGGUCGCCGUCCGCCCCAGCGCUCCUUGACCGACAUUCUUACCCGCGGCGAUGACGAAAACGACGACAGUGCCACGGAUGCUGAUUCCUCGACAACCGGUUCCUCACAGGUCAUUGCCCCCAAGGCGGGAAGCCACAAGAAGUUCCAGCCCGUCCGACUGUUCGACACCGACGGGCCUGCUCCUAUCGAAGAAGAGCAGGACUCUCUGGAAGACCCGAACAAGUCCAAGCCUGUCUACCGCCCGAACCCCAAGCGCUACAACCACUUUGACCUUGCCGCCGGCACUCAGGAUGCUCCGCAAAACGGCACGGCCUUUGACGAGCUGCCCAAGUCGAAACAUAACAGCCAGUGGGCCUUUAGCGACUUUGAAACCCCACAGAAGCCGGCCGCCCGGAAUCUGCCCGACCAAGAAGCACGCCACUGGACUUUCGACGACGACGAGGAGUUGCCGGAGACACCGUCUGCCACCUCUCGGGCAGAGUCGCGCCAAGGCGGCCGGCAGCGUGGCGUCGGCCCCAACGAAGGUCAGGGCCUGUACGAAAACAACUUGUACAAGGAGGACGGCUCGGCUUUCACGCCGGGCCCCGAGUCGCGGGCGCUGGGCAACAUCACAAACCUGAAGGACCGGACAAAGUUCUUCGAAGCUAACUUCACUAUGUCUGACGUGUCUCCGCUUAAGAGCGGCCCGGUCAAGCGGACAGUCGUUGCUGACGACCGUCAGAAGGUGGUCAAGAUGAUGGAGUCGAGCUGGGACAAUUCCUUUGAUGACACGACGAGCUUGCCGAAGAAUAACAACAUUCCGGGCACGAUCGUGGCCGCCAAAGAGAGCGACAGCCGCGGGAUCCAAACCUUUGGUGACGGCAUGGGUGGCAGGAAAGCCGCCCGCGUUCCGGGAACGACAGCGGCCGACCAAGGCAGCGUCAAUCGCGGGAUCCAAACCUUUGGCGACGGCAUGGGUGGCAGGAAGGUCGCCCGCGUUCCGGAAACGACUGCGGCCGACCAAGGCAGCGUCAAUCGCGGGAUCCAGAUUGGCGGCGACGGCAUGGGCGGCAGGAAGGCUGGUCGCGGCUGGAGUCUGGGUGGCGACGGCGACGAGCCUUCGGUUGUGCCACCCAAAAUGCCGGGCAAGAAGCAGGGUACGGCCAACCAAGCGAGCAGCUUCUGGGACUUUUAG